AUGAUAAGCUCCCAAAUACGUAAAUGACAUGUAUUGGACUUUAUCUCGUGUGUGCAAGUUGAUAUUUGGGUUCCCUCCUACUUCUCUACAUAUAUCAUUGUUGCUGUUUUAGCCAUUGUACAUCAGAGUCCAUUUAUUGUUUCCAAAUACUUCCAGCUUAUUUCUGGCUUAUCAGAGCACCAAACCAAAGAUGGCUGAGACUAUCCUCAGUGUUGUUGCUGAGGAAAUAAUAGGCAAGCUGAUUUCAGUUGCUACUGAGCAGAUCAGCCUUGCUUGGGGUUUCAAGGAGGAGUUGACAAAACUUCGUGGCUCAUUAACUAUGAUUCAAGCUGUGCUGGCUGAUGCGGAGAGAAGGCAAGGGAGUGAAGAGUUCGUGUGGCUUUGGCUGCGGAGGCUUAAAGAUGUUGCUUAUGAUGCUGAUGACGUGCUGGACGAGUUUGCUUAUGAGAUUCUCCGGCGAAAGGUAGAGAUCCGAAACCAAAUGAAGAGAAAGGUAUGCUACUUCUUUUCAUUCUCAAACCCCAUUGCUUUUCGUCUCAAGAUGGCUAACAAGAUUAAGAUCAUUCAUGAAUUGCUUAAAAAGAUUAAUGAUGAAGCAAAUUCAUUUGGACUUGCUAGAGCGAGUCCAGUAAAUUCAAACCCAGAGAUUAUUCCUAACCGAGAGACAGACUCCUUUCUUAAUCAUUCAGAAGUUGUAGGAAGGAGAGAUCAUGUCUCAAAAAUGGUUGAUUUGCUAACUAGGGAAACCAAAGAACAACUCUCUGUCUUUCCAAUAGUAGGAAUGGCAGGUUUGGGAAAAACAACUUUAGCAAAGCAAGUUUACAAUGAUGAGCGAGUAAAGAGACAUUUUGAUAGGACAAUAUGGGUAUGUGUCUCCGAUAAUUUUGAUGAUAAAAGGAUCUUGAGAGAGAUUCUUGAGCUUGUUACCCAUACCUCAAAUAAAUUAGAAAAUAAGACUGCGAUUCUUGAAUGCCUUCAAAAAGAGUUGAGAGGAAAAACAUAUCUUCUCAUACUUGAUGAUGUAUGGAACGAAGAUCUGACAAAAUGGGAUACUUUGAGGAAUUGUCUGUUAGGAAUUAAUUCAAAUAUGGGAAACAUUAUUAUUGUAACAACCCGCAAAGAUAAGGUGGCUAAAAUUAUGGAGACACUUCCUCGAUGUGAUUUAGAAAAACUAUCAGAUGAUGAAUGUUGGUCUAUAAUCAUGAAAAAAGUAUCUUGUAAUGAAAUAACUCCAGAUUUGGAAGUUAUUGGAAGGGAGAUUGCUAAAAAAUGUGGUGGGGUUCCAUUAGUUGCAAGAGUUUUAGGAGGGACGAUGUCUUAUAAGAAGGAGAAAAAUGAAUGGUUGGCAAUUCAAAAUAGUAAAGUUUGGAAUUCUCCACUUGACAACUAUGAAAUCUUACCAAUACUUAAAUUAAGCCUUGAUCGUCUUUAUCCACCAUCUCUAAAAAGUUGUUUCACAUAUUGUGCAAUUUUUCCUAAAGAUUAUAAAAUGGAAAAGGAAGAAUUAAUUCAACAUUGGAUGGCUGAAGGGUUCCUUCAAUUGUAUCCAGGAAGAUCCGUAAUGGAGGAUAUUGGUAACGAGUAUUUUAAUAUUUUGUUGGGGAAUUCCUUAUUCCAAGAUAUAGAAAGGGAUGAUUAUGGUGAUAUUUUUAGCUGCAAGAUGCACGAUUGUGUACACGAUCUUGCCCUCUCAAUUUCAAAAUGGGAAACCUUGCAUUUAGAGGGAAAUUUGGGGGAUGACAUUGGCAUGUCUCAUAUUCGACGUUUAUCUCUUAUAUCCAAUGACCAAACAACACCAACGAUCCCAUUAUCUAGACAAGGCAUGAGUAGGUUGCGCACAAUUUUUUCGAUUCAUGUUAAUCUUGGUGACAAGUUAUUAAACUUAAAAUGUGUACGUGCCCUAACUUUAUUUGGGGGAUUUAUAGUAGAGUUGCCCAAGUCAGUCAAUAGGCUAAGACAAUUGCGGCUUCUUCGCAUUAUAAGGACCAAUGUCAAAGAAUUACCCAAUUCUCUCACAAAAUUCUAUAACUUGCAAACUCUAAUAAUCAAGUAUUGCCCUUGUCUCAAAGAGCUUCCAAAAAAUCUACAAAAUUUGAUUAAUUUGAGACAUAUUGAUAUUGAUCUUCAAUACAUAGAACAAUUGCCGAUCAAUAUGAGGCAAUUGACCUGCCUUCAAACAUUGCCUUUUUUUGUCGUUGGUCAAGACACUGGUGGUCGAAUUGAAGAAAUGGGAUACUUAAGCCAACUUAGAGGAAAGUUAAGUAUCUACAAUCUAGAGCACGUGAGAGACAAAGAAGAAGCCAAAAGUGCAAAAUUAUCGGAAAAGAAAGGACUAAACAAGUUGGGAUUCCAUUGGAAUAGUCAAAGAGAAGGCACCAUUAACGAUGAAGAUAUACUGGAAGGCCUUCAGCCUCACCCAUGUCUGCAAAGCUUAAAGAUUGAAAAUUUCCGGGGUGAGAAGUUCCCUUCAUGGAUAUUGGGCAAAAACAGUAGUGGUGGUUUGUUUCGUUGGGACCAUUUGUUGGAAAUCUUCUUAAAAAACUGUAACGAGUGCGAACAAAUUCCUACACUUGGGCAUUUAUCUCAUCUCAAGGUUCUUGAAAUUGAGAAAAUGAAUAAGGUGACAUGUAUAGGAACAGAAUUUUACGGCAAUUAUAGUGGUGAGGGAUCAAGUAAUAGUAGAGGUGAUAAUGGUAGAAAUGCAAUGUUCCCGGCUUUGGAAAAACUUGUUUUGAAGCACAUGCCCAAGCUAGUGGAAUGGAAGGAUGCAAUGGAGCCAACAACAACAACAACAACAAGAGGAACGGUGUUUCCUUCCCUCAAAAAAUUGGUUAUUGGAUACUGUGACCAGCUCAUAAGUGCUCCAUGUCAUUUUCCAGUUCUCGAGCAACUAGUUAUUGACAGCACCAAAGGCACUGCAUUCAAAAACAUUAGUAGUAAUCUUACUACACUCAUGUCCCUCACUAUAGGGAGAGUAUCAGAACUUUCUUGUUUGCCAGAGCAGCUAUUGCAAAAUAAUGCGGGUCUCUUGAAGCUUUAUAUACAUGAUUGUGCUGAUUUGGAGUCCAUCUUGCCACGUGAGGAUGUAUGGGCCUUCUGCAUCUCUCUCCGAAACAUUUUUAUAUGUGGAUGUGUGAAAUUGAGCUAUAUACCGGACACACUGCACACCCUUCAAUCUCUCGAGACAUUUGGAGUAUCCAGCUGUCCUAAUUUGAGGUCUUUUCCAAGCAUACAAGGUGUGGCGUCGCUUCGAAACUUGACGAUAUCAUGCGGUGUUAAAGUUCUACCGAUUGGGCUACAAUCAUGUACAUCUCUUUCGGAAUUGGGUAUUUGGUCAUGUCCUAAUUUGAUAUCAAUUCCAGAUCUAGGAGAAUUGCACUCUCUUAGCAGUUUAACAAUUCGGGACUGUCGAAAGUUGACUCGUCUGCCAGGAGGGUUAUCAGAAUGCUUAAAGAUUUUGGAGAUUGGUGAGUUUUGUGAGGAGCUGGAUGCUUUCCCCAGUCUCAGUUCCAUCCAACACUUGCACGCGUCCCUUGAAAAACUAAACUUGUAUGGGUGGUCCAAACUCAACUCUCUUCCGGACGAAAUUCAACGCUUCACUGCCAUUAUAUAUCUGCAUAUAUGUGAUUUUAAGGGAAUGAAAGCUUUGCCUGAGUGGUUGGGCGACCUUUCUUCACUUCAAACUCUGCUUCUUAAUGGCAACGAUAACUUGAUGGAAAUGCCGACAGUGCAAGCCAUGCGACGCCUCACCAAUUUAAAAAAACUGUACAUUAAUGGUUCCCCCGAAUUAAAUAAAAGUUGUGCAAAGGAGAAAGGCACAGAGUGGUCCAAAAUUGCACAUAUUCCAUAUAUCAGAAUCGACCGUAUUGUUAUUAAAGGUGAAAAUUUUUGAAGAUCUUAUAAAAUUUAUUGAAAGAGAUGUUUGGCACUACGAAUGGCAUAAUUUCUGGUAACUUUAUGGAAUUUCAAUCCACUCCCAGGCUAACGUAAGGUCAUAAACACAGCUGGAGGAAAAAUCAAUUAAAGCUAGUGGAAGUCCAUAAUUUCUGGAAAUGAAGGUUCUAUUCAAGAGCUGAAAAAUGUAAUAAUGAUUACAAAAAGUUGAUGCAUCUGCACAAACACAAUGUUUCACCAUAUUGCGGAAACUGCAAAGUUUUUAUUGACCUAAGGAAGGAUGUGCCAAGGAAAAUGACUAGGUGGUCCAAGAUUGCAUAUUUAAUACAAAUAGAAAGGCAAAGCCACUAGCAGUAGCUAGGAAUGGCAUAUCUAUUGUGUUCACAUGAAGGAAGACUUAAUUAAUCUUAUGGAAUUUCAGCCCAAGCUAACAGAAAUUCAUCAGUGCUGCAUGACAUUUGAAAACAUUAUCAGUAAUUGUACCUCACUCUGUCAGAACUUGACUCUUGCCAAAGUGGUUUUUGCAAAAUAAUACGAGUCUCAUGCCCAUGAAGAUAGUGUUUUGUGAGGAUUUGGUGUCCCUCUCGGCACGUCAGGAUUAAUCCAAUUUCUUUUAAUAAAUUAUUUUGGCAUAAUUUAUGUUGACCUGAGUUGUCACUCAAGUGGGGCAACCCUCCAAUCCAUGAUCUUAUUGUGACGGUAUCCUAAUUAUGCAAAAUUACCAUUUAGGCAUAGAGAAAUUCAGAAAAUUGGUGUUGGUGUAGUGGUAUGGUAGGAGAAUAGGCUGUUCAUUGGAGCUUUAAGCUCACUGGAAGAUAUGAGUACUGAUGCUGAGGAGGCUGAAGUUAUGGCUGUCAUGCAAGCGACUGAAUUUGCUGCUACGGUAUGCCCUUUUGGAGUAAUUAUAGAAGGUGGCUUGUUACAGAGAUUUCAAGCUCUCAAUUCUGCUGAACCAAAUCUCACAAAAAUUGAACAUCUCUUGGACUUGGUUAAACAGAAUGGACUUUUUCAGGGAGAUCUCUUUCUCACAUGUCAGAAAGACUGGGAGUGAAGGUUCUAUUCAAGAGCUGAAAAUUGUAAUUAUGAUUACAAAAAUCUGAUGCAUCUGCACAAUCACAACAUUUCACCAUAUUGCGGAAACUGCAAAGUUUUUAUCGGAUGUGCCAAGGGAAAUGACUAGAUGGUCCAAGAUUGUCCAUAUUAAUACAAAUAGAAAGGCAAAGCCACUAGCACUAGGAAUGGCAUAUCUAUUGUGUUCGCUUGAAGGAAGACUUAAUUAAUCUUAUGGAAUUUCAGUCCACUCCCAAGCUAACAGAAAUUCAUCAGUGCUGCAUGACAUUCGAAAACAUUAGCAGUAAUCGUACCACACUCUGUCAGAACUUGAUUCUUGCCAAAGUGGUUAUUGCAAAAUAAUAGAAGUUUCAUGCCUAUGAAGAUAGUGUUUUGUGAGGAUUUGGUGUCCCUCUCAGCACAUCAGGAUUUCAUGUUGAUCUGAGUUGUCACUCAAGUGGGGCAACCCUUCAUGAUCUCAUUGUGAUGGUAUCCUAAUGAUGCAAAAUUACCAUUUAGGCAUAGAGGGUAAAUUUUGAUGUUGCUGUGUUUGAAGAAAUUCAGAAAAUUAGUGAUGAUGCAGUGGUAUGGGAUGAGAAUGGGGUGUUCACUGGAGCUUUAAGAUCACUGGAAGAUAUGGGUACUGAUGCUGAGGAGGCUGAAGUUAUGGCUGUCAUGAGAGCGACUGAAUUUGCUGCUACAAUAUGCCCUUUUGCAGUAAUUAUAGAAGGUGGCUUGUUACAGAGAUUUCAAGCUCUCAAUUCGGCAGAACCAAAUCUCUCAAAAAUUGAACAUCUCUUGGACUUGGUUAAACAGAAUGGACUUUUAUCAGGGAGAUCUCUUUCUCACAUGUCAGUAGGACUGGAUGCUUCAGUGAUUUAACAAACACAGUAAUGAACAGCUAGCUGAAAACAUUGGGGAGCAUGAGAAGUCCACUAA